GUCCCAUUGUCACAGGUAGACAAUCGCCGUAGACCGCUGCUUCUUCUCCAGUCGCCGUCAUGUCGCCGCUGGUAGUCUACGUCGUCGCCGUCACUGCUGCCUGCUUAGUAGCUCAGACUGACGCCGGGGGCACGGCUGACUGCAGCGAUUCAUACGGGCAGCUGAGGCAGCCGCCGCCAACGAAGGACCUGCUCAAGUGGAAGAAGCCCUGGUGCCCCCCUGGUUGUCCACAAGGAGGGUGCGUUAGCUACAACACGUGCAACUGCGGCCGCGGUUACAAGGACGAGAGGACGUACAUUGAAGUGAGGUCCAAGGCCCCCAUCCGCUGCAGGCCGGUGUGCAGCAACGGCUGCAUCAACGCGGACUGCGUGGCUCCUGAGAUGUGCCGCUGCCGGCCGGGGUAUGGCAUGAAGAUGGGCAUCACCAAUAAGUGCUUCUGGGGUGUGAUGGGCGGCGGGGACUAAACGGGGAAUGUGAACCAAUUCACCACUGGCUUCUCGCCUUACAGCACCUGACGAUAAAGUCGGUGAAAACAACAGAGUACAAGGGUCUGACAUGUGUGCUUAUGUGCUUCAUUUCAGAACUAUAGCUCAAAUCACCGUUAAACACAAAGGCUUUACAGCGUGACAAAACAAAACCUCUGAAAUUCAGUGUAAAUGAAUAAUUAAAGUUUACUGACUACUCAAA